AUGGACGCUAGAAAUAAACCCGCAAGUUGCCGUGCACCAGGGGACAAUGUCCCGUCGUCUAUUUUAGACAGACUGCUCUUAGCGCGCGGACAUAAUGGCGUAUUUAGUCUCUCCAGAUUUGUCGCCAGACCACCUGCCGUUGUUGAGCGUUCGGCUUUCAAAUGUCGUCAGCUGGCGGUGCGAUCAGGUUCGAAUGAUGAGGCGUCAGUCACGCCAGAAAAAAAGGAGCCGCAGCAACAGACGGAUACGGAGAAGGAAGAGCUGGCAGCGAGGCUAGCGAAGGCGGAGGCGGAGGCAGCGGCGCUGCGGCUGGAACUGGAGCAGCGGCGGCUGGAGAAGGCGGACAAUCUGAUCCGCAUGAAGCCCAACAGCGACGUGUACAUCGACGGCACCGGCGCGCGCGAAACCAUCUUUCAAGGACCCGUCGUCACUGGGAAGUCGGGCAACAAGGGAGCAGCGCGGUCGUGGGGCUUCACGGAGACGGAGCUGCUGAGCGCGCAGGCCGGCAGCGAGGGGGACGGCGAUCUGGACGGCAAGGAGAGGGACGGCAUUGUCACGCGGCGGCUGCUCAUUGGUGCUGGCCUCGCUGUGCUGGCACUUCCCGUCGCGCUGUACGACAUUCCUCUCACAGUGGCUCCUCCCAGCAAGCCUCUCUUCUUCUACGUCGUGCCACUUGUCCGCCUACAAUUGGCUCUCCAGGCCAUCGUUUCACAAGCAGACUCGCUAGAUGUUGUGGCUCUGCGCUCGCAGCUGCGCUUUGCAGUGGGCACUGUCGACACCGUCAGGGAGAAUCUUGUCAGCACCACGGUCCUUCUAGAGGACAAGUCACAGCAGCCAGCAAAAGAGCUCGCAUUUGAGAUUUUAGACUAUCUGCAACAGGCGGAUUACGGUAAUUAUUUCGAGAACAUGGGUGCUCCAAGCCCAUCACAACAGUUGGAGUUCCUCUCAUUCAGCCUCAAAUCUAUCAAGGCUGCCAUUUCGAGAUUGGACAAGUUCCUUCGAUACGUUCCAUCAGAGGUCGUGGAAGCAGCAAACCAGCAAGUGAAUCCGAGUUUCAACAUUCCGGAAGUAUCAGAACCUGAGGAUACCACGGAAGGCUCUACAACUACUGCAGCAUAG